CUCUCUUUCUCUCACCUCAAAGCAAGACACCCCGUUUUCAGCCCUCUUUAUCUCUCUCAAGAUCUAAGCUUUAAGCUUGCCUUUCUUCUUCAAUAAGCAUCCCUUCAUAGUCUUACUUUCUUCAACCACUUCACGAAGACGACAACGGAUUUCAUAAGCUUUCAGACCUUCAAAAAGCUUCCAGUAUCGUAUUACUUGUUGAGAUUCUCGCCCUACUGAAUCCACCGUUAAUUUAGCGGAACAACUUAUAAGGGAAAGGAAAAUCACACCCCCAUUCCUGAUCUACUCUCUCUGUUUGUUUCUACGCCUACCCUUCACAAGCUUUUCAGAAAUCCCCACCAUAUUCGGACUUUUUCCCACUUUCCCCUUUUCAUCCUCGAUUCCCGCUGCUACACUUUCCACUGGCUCACUGUCCUUAUCCGGAAGAAGAACAUAACCCUUAUUUUCACAUCCGAUUUUGGCGUUACAAGUUUACAAUCAAUCAAUUUUGUGAACUUAGGUUAUUUGAGCAACAUUCACACUUUCAUUCCCGUUUAAUCAGUGGAUUGAAGUCAACCCAUAAUCUAUUUUACUAAGAUGCAGUCUGAUCAGCGAAAAAAGUCAUCUGUAGAAGUAGACUUCUUCACGGAAUAUGGUGAAGGGAGCAGGUAUAAAAUAGAGGAAGUAAUUGGGAAAGGAAGCUAUGGUGUUGUAUGUUCUGCAUUUGAUACAUAUCUUGGUGAAAAAGUUGCUAUUAAGAAGAUUAAUGAUAUUUUUGAACAUGUAUCUGAUGCCACACGCAUUCUUAGAGAAGUUAAGCUACUCAGACUUCUUAGACAUCCAGAUAUCGUCGAAAUCAAACACAUUCUAUUGCCUCCUUCAAGAAGGGAGUUUAAAGAUAUUUAUGUUGUCUUUGAACUAAUGGAAUCUGAUCUUCAUCAAGUUAUUAAAGCAAAUGAUGAUUUGACACCAGAACAUUACCAAUUCUUUCUUUAUCAGCUUCUUCGAGGUUUGAAGUAUAUACACACAGCAAAUGUAUUUCAUCGUGAUCUUAAACCGAAAAACAUCCUGGCCAAUGCUGAUUGUAAACUGAAGAUAUGUGACUUUGGUCUUGCAAGAGUGGCCUUUAAUGAUACUCCUACUGCUAUAUUCUGGACAGACUAUGUUGCCACAAGAUGGUACCGGGCGCCUGAAUUGUGUGGAUCUUUUUUCUCCAAGUACACUCCUGCGAUAGAUAUAUGGAGCAUUGGUUGCAUAUUUGCGGAACUGUUAACUGGAAAGCCUCUUUUCCCUGGAAAAAAUGUAGUUCAUCAACUGGAUCUGAUGACGGAUAUGUUGGGAACACCCUCUCCUGAAACAAUAGCCAGGAUUAGGAAUGAAAAGGCUCGGAGAUACUUAAGCACCAUGAGAAGGAAGAAAGCUAUUCCUUUCACACAUAAGUUUCCAAAUGCUGAUCCUCAUGCUCUUAGAUUGUUAGAAAAGAUGCUUGCAUUUGAUCCUAAGGAUCGACCUUCUGCUGAAGAGGCCCUUGCCGAUCCAUAUUUCAAAAACCUAGCCAGGGUUGAGCGGGAACCCUCUGCUCCUCCAGUUACAAAAAUGGAAUUUGAAUUUGAGAGAAGAAGGGUAACAAAAGAAGAUGUUCGUGAGCUGAUAUAUCGGGAGACUCUUGAAUACCACCCGAAGAUGUUGAAAGAAUAUUUGGACGGAGCUGAACCAACCGGAUUUAUGUACCCAAGUGCUGUUGACCAUUUCAAGAAACAAUUUGCUUAUCUUGAAGAGCACUAUGGAAAUGGAGGAACCGGUACUCCACCUGAGCGACAGCAUGCAUCAUUGCCCAGGCCCAGUGUAUUGCAUUCAGACAGAGUCGUUGUGCAGAGUUCAGCAGAAGUUGCAAAUGAGCUCUCGAAAUGUUCUAUAAAGGAAGUUGAUAAAGCACAUACGGAUAGAACCACCACCAACGGGGUGAUCCCCAUGACGAGAAUGCCCCUUCCCCCAAAUAUCCAAGCCGGUUCUGCUGCUGCUGCGAGACCUGGAAAAGUAGUUGGAUCCAUAUUGCAUUAUAACAACUGUGGAGCGGCUGCAGUAGCUGGUGAGGCACUUGAACAAAGGAGGAUAAGUAGAAACCCAGCUGUUCCACCUCAAUAUGGUGGCGCCAUUUCUUCAUCUUCUUCUACUUCUUCCACUUCGUACCCUAGAAGAAGUGCACCAUGUAAAAACAAGAGGGUUGAAGAUGGUGUUGUUGAAGGGUCUGAUGGUCUGCAACCUAAACCAUCUUUUGUCGCCAGAAAAAUGGCUGCCGCCCCUGGUGGUGGUUCUGGAACCCACUGGUAUUGACUUGUGAUUGACUCCUUCGAUGAUACGUACAGUAUUAGUUUAAAGAUCGUGAAAAUUGAUAGAUUUGACCACGGUUUUCCAAUUGGAAAUUUGGUUAAGAUGUCGAGAUGAAGAAAAGUUCUACACGCGUUUAUGGGGGUAUAUUUUGUUUAAUGUUCCUGAAUAUAAAGGCGGACGUGUUUCAUGACCUUACUCUAUAAUGAUUAUUAUGUUUCCCGCCAAAUGAUUAUAGUAAUGUUCUUUUGGAAGCCAAACAUUGUAAGUUCAUCGAUCGACAUCUAAUUUGAAGGGAGGAAAGAAAGAACUAUUAUUCUGGGAUUCUAAUGAAUGGUAGCUGAAGAAUGUCUUAAAUUAUUGUUUUUUAUUUCUACGUUAAGAGUUAUUAUUUGUUGCAAAGUAUUGUGUUGAACUUUUAAAAAGAUUAUGUGUAAGUUGAACAUAAAAAGUUAUCAAAAAUUUAGAUGUUAUUUGUAACUUAAGUCAUAAUUGCAGAGCCUAUUUGUUAUUUCUU